GCGUCAGCAGAGUAGCCAACUGCGAUACGCAUACACACUCACCGGACCAACAUAACAACAACAUUACCGCGAAUAUUUUCCCGCAAUGCUGCUGACAACCGUGUGCUUUUCCGCCAGCAGCUUUUGAGCAUUUUUUCGCUGGAACUUGAGUGCGUGUCGAGGCGCUUGUGGUGUUGAGUUUGCUAAACCGGCGGAUUUUGGACAAUUUUUGACAGUGCAACAGUUGAACCCGAACUGGAUCUUAGUGCCGUUCAGCGACACCGAAGAGGUUUUUGUGGUUUCGGCUCGGCACAGCUUUUAAAGUUUCUCUGGUGUUAGACCUUCAAGGUCUGAACCAUGGGGUGUUUCGGUAGUAAGGACAAAUUGUCCAAGGAGGACAUGGAUUUUCUUAAAUCGCACACUAGAUAUGACGAGAGCACAAUUAAAGAAUGGUAUAAAGGCUUUAAGCAAGACUGUCCCAACGGCCGACUCACACCCGCCAAAUUUGUAGACAUGUACAAGAUGUUCUUCCCAUCAGGUAACGCAGAAGAAUUCUGCGACCACGUAUUUAGGACAUUUGAUAUGGACAAAAAUGGAUAUAUAGAUUUUAAAGAAUUCCUGCUGGCGAUCGAUGUGACAUCGAGCGGCACGCCGGAGGAAAAACUAAAAUGGGCCUUCCGCAUGUACGACGUCGACGGCAACGGCGUCAUAGACAUUCAGGAGAUGACCAAGAUCGUUCAGGCAAUAUACGACAUGUUGGGAGCAUGUUCCUCCAACAGGCCAGCUGACUCCGCCGAAGAAAGGGCCAAAAACAUUUUCGCCAAGAUGGACGAAAACAACGACGGACAACUAACACAAGAUGAAUUCCUCAAAGGGUGUCUACAAGAUGAAGAAUUGUCGAAAAUGCUCGCACCCUAAUGCGUUUAGAUCAUCAUAAAAAAAGAAAAUUCCUACCGUCUUAUAGGUCCACACAUACAACCUUUGAUAUUUUUGUGUCCUGACAGAAAAAAAAAAGACUUUUAUGUCAGAUGAUUUUUUUACCACGGCGCAUCUUCAUGUGAAUUUGGGAGUUUAAGCAGUGAAAAUAACAAACAAACAAAAACAUCACAUGCAUCGAUGAAAAUGUUUUGAGAAUUUUAGGAGAUAGUGAUCUGUAUAUUGUUUAAUUUUUAUGUUCCGCAUCUCUAUCUUUCUUGUAUAACCAGCUUAGCUCUUUUGCCCAGCUUUAAAGAAAACAGUAUAUUUUUAUUACGGAUUGGUAGGCCUAUCCUGAAAAUUUCAGCCGGUGGUGCGCAUACACGGAAUUUGUCCCAUUAAAUGAUUGUUAUUUAUCAGAGACAAUAUUUUUAAUACAGGGGAACAUUUUGACCAAAUUUAAGUCGCGGUAUUAUAUGUAAAAAUGAUUUUUUAAUGGUAAAGCAUCUUAUUUUUUGUCUAUAGCUUUUCGUGGAAUGAUAAUAGUCAGCAUCACAUACCGAGUGAUGAAUCCUGACACGGCCCAUAGAAAACUUACUGCGAAAUUUUAAACUGUUGAAUUCCUGCUUUUAUAAUUAUUUUACCUCAAAAGUCUUGAGAUUGGAAUAUGCAUUGAAAUCAAAUGUUCUACAAUUUAAACACAUUCCUUUUUCAAAAAUGUAAUACAUUUGCCAGAGUACAGUUGCAUUCCAACAUGUCGAAAUUAAAUCAAUAUGGCGGCUGGGAGGGAAACAUAAAUGUUUUGGGAAACUGAUAUACAUAAAUGUACUAUCAGUUCUUAAUGCAUUUUAGAUUUUUAGUUGCGUUUCUUUGUAAUUUUUUUUUGUACAAGGACGAAUUUAACAUUUUCACUAGAAGAAUUAAUUAAAAAAGAUAAAUAUGUAUGUCUAAUUUCUGUUUUGUUUUGAAGUGUGAAAUGCGAAGUAUUCAUGGUAAAGUUCAAUUUUAUCGGUUACCAUCAGUGCUACAUUUUAAGCAUAAAACAACUUAAUAAGUUAUCCUCUGAGAGACAAAAAUCAUGGUUAAAUGUUAUAAAACGUCCUAUAAAAAUGUUAUAUGUAUAACUAACUAUGUCCAUGUUAUGUACUUACGAUUGAAAAACUGUCUCCAAUGUAGGUUAACUCCAGACACCUUGAGGGAAAAUAGACCAAUAUUAUUUAUUUUGCCCAUCUUUUGCUUGUACCCACUAGCAGGGCUGGAUUUACAUAUGGACUGAAUGGGCAAGUGCCCAGGGCGGCAGAAUUCAGGAGCGGUAAAUUUAGGUAAAAAGUAAAAAAUGGCGAGGUGGAGGGCGGCAAACUGUGGAUAGCCCAGGGCGGCAAAUCUCCAAAUCCGCCUCUGCCUUCUAGCAACAUCUGUAUUGUAUUGUCUACCAACAACUUUCGAAAAUAUUCGCUCAUGCUUAUUUGCUUCACUGCAUAUAUUUCACUGCUUAAAACUAAAUAAAGUCGUUCAAGUAUUUCUACAACUAAAAACUACACAAAUCUACAACAAAAUGUUCGGAAAAUACAACUAAAAAACUGUUAACGGUGAAAAACUUAGGAAACAAUGUGGUACAAAAAUAUAAAUAAAUACAUUGUUGACGUUUGUCUCCCAGAGUUGCCAUAAACGUCAAAGUCUUGGAAUGCCCUAUUAUUGUAAAAUACAGGCCAUACGUAAUGCAGAAUGUGUAUAACGGGUUGCGUUCGGUAACAAUGAAGUUAGAUAUUAACAUAAAUCAAAUUGAUUCUACCACCACCACAAUCAGCUAAUAGGGCUUUUCAUUCACAGUCAUUUGUUUCGAGCUUCUGUCAUGUGUCACAUAAUAUUAGUAUAUCUACGUCAUACGUUAUUGAGAUA